AUGGCCCAGGGAAAUGACACUACUGUGACUGAAUUCAUCCUUGCAGGAUUCACUGAUCAUCCAGAACUGCAGGUUGCCCUCAUCCUCAUACUUCUGGUGAUCUAUGUUCUCACCCUGCUGGGGAAUCUUGGGAUGAUUGCCCUAAUGGAGGGACUUCACACCCCCAUGUAUCUCUUGCUCAGCAACUUGUCACUUGUUGACUUUGACUACUCCUCAUCCAUCACCCCCAGGGUGCUGGUGAGCCUCUCAAGGGAGAGUAAGGCCAUUUCCUACGCUGGAUGUGCUGCACAGCUGUAUUUUUUUCCUGCCUUUGCCACCACUGUGUCUUUCCUCCUUGCGGUGAUGGCCUAUGACCAUUAUGUGUCCAGAAAAAAUCCACUGCGCUAUAGGGACAUCAUAUGCAAGAGAUCCUGUGUCUGGCUUUUGGCUAGCUCCUACAUGGCUGGGGUUGUGAAUGCAACCAUGCUUACCAGCUAUAUGUUUAAGUUUUACUGUGGCCCGAACAUCAUCAAUCACUUCUUCUCUGACCUCUCUCUCCUUCUCAAGCUCUUGUGCUCCGACACCACCCUCAAUGAGCUCCUGCUCUACACCUAUGACAGUUCCGUGGAAGUCAUCUCUGUCAUUUUUAUCCUCAUCUCCUACAUUUUCAUUGUCAUCUCUGUCCUGAGGAUCCGCUCCGCGGCAGCCAGACGCAAAACCUUCUCCACCUGUGCCUCCCACCUGACGUCUGUCAUCAUCUAUGAGGGGACUUUGCAGUUCAUCUACUCCCGCCCCAGCUCCUGGUAUUCACCCAAUUCAGACAAUACUUCUGUGUUCUACACCAUAAUGAUCCCCAUGCUGAACCCGAUCUACAGUCGGAGGAACAAGGAUGUGAAAAAUGCUCUGAGAACAGCCAUAAACACCAGAGUCCUUGCUCAGUGA